UUGUCGUGCUGGCGGAGUCUCGGCACAGCCGCGUUCGGCUCCUGCUGCGCAUCGCUCAUCUUCCCCGCCACCGGCUGAAGGCUGCUGGACGGCGGACUGAACCUGCGGCUGGUGCUCGGAUCUACCGGAAUGCGCAUCACAACAAUGUCAGCAAAGAUGAGCAACAGUUCCGCAAGCCCCAUGACAGCCGGCAGCAGCAGCGCCACGGCUGGACGCGCAUCCGGAAAAGCCACCAGCUUCAUCCCAGAGCUCCAGAGCAUGAUGUUUGCCCUUGGCGACUCUCGAAGACCCUUGCAUGAGACCGCCGCCCUGGUGGAAGACAUUGUGCACACCCAGCUCAUCAAUCUCCUUCAUCAGGCGGCCGAGGUGGCCCUCCUGAGAGGGGCCCGGGUCAUUUCACCAGAGGAUAUCAUCUUCCUAAUGAGGAAAGACAAGAAAAAAUUACGAAGACUCGUCAGAUACAUGCAGUACAGAGACUACAAAUCCAAAAUCCUGAAAACCAUUGAUGAUGAAGACCCGCUGGAUUCAGACAAAUACAGCAGCGUCAACAAGAGGCAGAGACUGGCGCAGGACUUCCUGAGCUCCAUCGACCAGACGGGGGAAUUCCUGUCUCUAGUGGAGGAAGAGGAGGUGGAUGAUGUCAAACAGGAGAGGCUGGAGAGAAUCGAAAAAAUGACUAGAAACAUGGAUUCCAGUCAGUACAGUGAUUUCUGUGAGAGUCGACAGCUCAGUUUCUCUAAGAAGGCUUCGAAAUUCCGCGAGUGGUUGGACUGCAGCAGUCUGGAUGUGAAGCCCAAUGCCAUGUCCAUGGAGAUCCUGUCAUAUCUGGCCUACGAGACGGUGGCUCAGGUUGUUGAUCUCGCCCUUUUGGUUAAACAAGAUAUGACUCCCAAAACGGGUGAUCCUUUUCAGCAUACCAUAUCAGCCACUUUCAUUCAGUACUCCAACUCUUCUGCUGAGGCCUCAAGCACCAAAAAGGAGUCUGACUCCCCAGAGAACACCCCUCCAUCCACUCCCAGUGGCCCUCUGACAGCGGGACAUCAGGGCAGGAUGCACUCGAUGGCACAGGGCAACGGAGGAUUCACACAAGAUGGCAACAAGAUUAAACAGCGGAAACGGAAAAAGAGCACGGCAGCCUGCGGCGCAGAGGCUCAGAGCAGUGCCAUCCAACCAACCCACAUCAGAGAAGCCAUCAGGCGCUACAGCCACAAAAUCGGCCCGCUCUCCCCCUUCUCAAGUUCCUACCGCAGGAACGGCAUGACUUUCCUGGCCUGCUGAGGUGAAUGGAGGGAUCCAACAGAGGUGGGCUUUCUGUCCGUGAGGGUCUCCUGCCCGUCUUCCCUCAUCUGUCUGCUCAUUUUGUUUGUGUCGGUGUGUCUUUGUUUACAGAUCUGGACAGGAAAUCCUGCAGCGCUGUGGAGUCUGCCGGAAAUCUGGAUGACAUCAUUUGGUUUCGUUGAUGUUCAUGUAAAUUACAGUAAUACAAGUUUCUGUUUUUGAUAUGUUUAUUUGUAUCUAUUUUUAGCUAAUUGCAAAAAUUUCAGAAUAACUUUUUUUUUUUUUUUUUUUUUUUUAUCUUUUUGAAAGUUUUGAUGAUGUGUAGAAUUUGUUCCUGAUGUUUUUUUGCUGUUGUUUAAAAUGUUGGGAAAAGAAAACACUUUUCUUUUGAUGCUUUGUUACUUUACAGGUUUAUUUUUAUUUUAUUUUUUUACAAGUGUAAUGUCUUUCCUUUGUGUUAAAGUUCAGUAAACAAUUUUUGUUCGAUUAUUUUUUUUAUUUUGUAUUUUGUAUUUUUUUUUUUUGCUUUGCAUUUUUAAAUUCUAGGAAUAUGCAAUAAAAUGUGUUAUAUGUUUUAAAGCAUUUAAUAUUUAGGUUCACCAUCUCAAAAGAAAGAAACGUUGAUAUAUACCAUGGUACUGAAUGAUUACCAUAUUCAUGUACCUUGGUAUUUACGUGGUACUUUGAGGUUUUUCGAAGAAUAUCAUUGUAUUAACAUGGUACUUAUUGGUACAUUUCAGGACAAAUUCAUCACUUUAAAAGACUACUGUGAUGAUGUUAGAUACCAUGGUAUAUACUUUAUACUUUGAUAUAUACCAUGGUACUGUAUUGAUUAUCCAAAUUCAUAAAAUGGAGUAUUUACUUGGUUCUACAUGUAAUAUGAAAGAAUACCUUGUUCUGGGUUCCCACACUCUUAGAAAACCAGGAAAUAUCAGAGAAGUUUAAAAUUAAGGUGUUCAAGCCUCAACAAGUUAAGGAAAUGAUUACAGUUUUAAAAAGUCAUGUACAUUUCUAUAGUAAAUAUGCAGUAUAUUUUGGUAAGACUUUACAAUAAGAUUCUAUUCUUUAACAUAAGUGAAUGAACUAACAAUGAACAGUAAGGUUUACAGCAUUUAUUAAUCUCAGUUAAUGCUAAUUUAUCAAAAUACUGUAGUUCAUAAUGCAUUAAUGUUAACAUAUAAAACUUUUCAUGUUAAAAUGUAGCAGUCUACAGUAUUUUUAAAUUAACAUCAACCAAGAUUAACAAG